AUGCAGCCCUCAGGGCGCCCCGCUGCCCGGCUGGAGGAGGGGGGACCGGAGGGGUUUGGCGGCGGGCUGGUCCCCGAGCCCUACGACAGCUUCAUGCGCAGCCACCUGCGCUACUACGGCUACUUCCGAGGCCAGAAGAAGGGUGGGCAGAAGAGCCCCGCGUCCCCGGGGGGCCCCGACGAGGCCCCCAGCCCGGGCAGUGCCCACCACGGCUGCCUGCGGGGUCCUGGGCAGGAGCUGAGCUCCCCUGGGGUGCUGGAGCUGCCCCCCUCCUCCCGGGGCACACCGGUCCCCUCGGCACAGUACCGCGGGUCCCUGGGGGAGCCACGGGCUCUCUUUGCCCUUCCCUCGGCGCGGGGACCCCCACCCGCUCCCCGCUGGCCCAUCGAGUGCGAAGUCAUCAAGGAGACCAUCGAGCACAUCGAGUGGGUCCCCCCUGAACCGGAGCCCUUCUGUCAGUCCACGGGCCACGAGUGGCCCUCGGCCACCCUCGGCGAGGAGCAGGGCACCGUCGUCUACCACCUCAGCCCAGUGCCCCCAGGCUCCUGCUUCACCCGCGCUCGGGUUGGGGGGGCCCCAGGCCCCCUCUCCUCACCGGCUGUCCCCUUGGAGGGUCCCCAGGACACCACGCUGGUCUUCGAAUCCCGCUUCGAGAGUGGCAACCUCCAGAAAGCUGUCAAGGUGGGUCCCUACGAGUAUGUGCUGACGCUGCGGCCGGACCUCUACACCGCCAAGCACACCCAGUGGUUCUACUUCCGCGUCCAAAACACCCGGCGAGACCCUCUCUACCGCUUCACCAUCGCCAACCUGGCGAAGCCCAAGAGUCUCUACGGUGAGGGCAUGCGGCCGCUGCUCUACUCCCAGCGGGACGCCCAGAGCUGUGGCAUUGGCUGCGGCGGGGCCGGUGCUGGGCCACGGCUGCGCCAGCGCAUCUUCCCCCUGAUGCUGAGCAAAAAUGCCCCUGACAAGUUCUCCUUCCCCAGUUGCAAGUUCAAGGUGCAGAAGAGCAAAGCAGGGACGGGCAGGGUCGUUAUGUGGCACAUGGGUGUCUCCAACAGCUACACCAUGGAGGUGGCCUUCGGUGGCUCCACACUGGGUGGGAGGAGCUCGCACUUCAACGUGGAGGACCUCAAGUCGCUGGGCUACCACCUGUGUGACACCCUGCUCGACUUCUGCGACCCCCAUCCCGCCAAGUUCCAGCAGUGCCUGUCAGAGGUGGAUGAGCUGCUGCGGCAGCGGCUGCACCGGGAGCCGGACUCUGGCUGGAGCGACGUCUCCCCCUCGGAGCUUGAGUCCAGCACCAGCGGCUCUGACAGCUCUGUGUCUGAUGGACCCCCAGCUCACCUCCACGGCCCAGCACAGCCACUGGAGCAACGGAGGAGGAAGCAGCGGCGGAGCCGGAGAGCGAGGGAUGCCCAGCACCGCACAAACACCGUCUACCAGAGCCGUGCCAGCGUCCCGGUGAGCCUGGACCUACAAGCACAGUCCACCCAGUCCCUGAGGGGACAAUCCUGCAGGGACACUUGUCCCCGGUGCUGUCCCAGCCCGGUGCCAGCACCGCUGCGGCUCUAA